AUGUAUCCAACUGAAUCAGUCAUGAUGAAUAUCCUCUCAGCUACAACUAUGAACGCUAGCCAGACGGAACUCGUACUUGCACUUGUUACGGCUGCUAUCAUGACUGAUCUAGCCGGUCUCGAUGAUGUCCCGGAUGGUACUUCUCCACGCGUGAUGAUCCAUGACAGCAGACCUAAACAGUUCAACCCGUUCUCUUCGUCAGCGUCGGAGACCGAAUACCAAAGCUCCAAGAACCACUUCUAUGUCCUAACGGGCUGA